AAAUCUAAGAAAAUGUUCUACUGUUUGUACUGAAAGUUCAAUGAAAAAUUAUUACUCGAAAAGCAAUAACAAUAUUCCUCUUCAAAAUGAUAGUAUCAUGGUCCAAUAUGAUAUGUGCUUACCAUCUUCUUACUUUUCGAAGUAUUUUGUGCGCCAAAACAAAUCAUCGAGACAUCUUGACUAUUGGCAUACUGUUCAAUGGAGCUGUAUCUCAGUCAGAAUUCCCUCUGAACAGUACCAUCUUCAGUAACAACAUGGAAGAGGAUAACUUCCUCACCCUUUCAACCAAUAUACGGCAACUCUCAAAUGAUGAUAGUUUUGAAGCAUCUAAAACCGUUUGUAGCCUUCUGGAUGCUGACGAAGGCUUAGUAGCAGUUUUUGGUCCUCCCACUUCACCAGCAUCACCGUUGAUCGAGUCGAUAGUCAAGAACUUGAAUGUACCCUAUAUUUUGACAUCAUGGAAAGGUACCAGCUAUGAUGGUUCUGAAACAUUCCUGAACUUCUAUCCAGACAACGAAAGGCUAUCGAAAGGCAUUGCUGCGUUAGUUCAAAGUCUAGAAUGGAACGGAUUCGUCAUCAUUUAUGAAACUGAAGAAGGUCUCGUGAGGUUACAAGAAGUGUUGAAAGGGCAAAGUUGGAUGAGGAAGACCAACCAGGACUUCAUACGGAUAAGGCAGCUGAAUAGAGGCCCUGAUUACAAGCCUUUCUUCAAACAUUUCAAGAAUUCUACAGAAACAAACUUCAUUCUUGACUGCAAAACUGAAAAUAUUUUACCAAUUUUGCAACAAGUACGGACCUUGGGUAUGUUGGAUAUACAUUUUAACUACUUCUUGACAUCCUUGGAUGCACAUACAGUGGAUUAUUCGAGUUUGGAUACAAAUGCCAAUAUAACAACGAUCAGGCUAUUCGACUACAAAAGCGAAGAAUUCAAAAAUGCUGUCUUCAAAUGGUCUCUCUCUCAACUAAGGACUUACAACAAAAGGAAGGAAUUGAAUCCAUACACUAUAAAGACUGAAACGGUUCUGUUCCAUGAUGCGUUGCUCUAUUUGAUUGAUGCCUUGAAUGGGAUGCCGCAGCUUCCAAAAAACGAGAAAACAAGUUGCUACGGAUUCGAUUCAUUGAGGGAUGGAACAGAAUUGAUCAAAGCUAUGAGAAAUAGGGAGUAUUUGGAGCCAUUAUCAGGGCCAAUCCAGUUCGACGAACAUGGAAACAGAGUUGACUUCAAUUUGCAUCUUUAUAACAAUGAUGAAGAGCUUUUGGCUACCUGGUCAGGUCUCAAUGGAACAACCACAAUAGCACGUAACUAUGAUGAGACUACCAGUGCAGCUGUCUCGAAUUUGAUCAAAAUCAAAGUCAUUGUAUCUACGAGAAUUGGUGAACCGUAUCUCAUGAAAGUCCCUCCAAAGUACGAGGGAGAAAUAUUGGAAGGGAAUGAUAGAUACGAGGGGUACUCGAAAGAUUUAAUGGACCAGGUGGCAGAAAUUAUUGGUUUCACAUAUGAACUGGUUCUGACUGAAAAUAACAAUUACGGCAAUUGGGACGAAGAGAAAAAAAGAUGGAAUGGAUUAGUCGGGGAUCUUUUAGACAAAAAGGCUCAUCUAGCUAUCUGUGACCUUACUAUCACUCACGAACGUCAACAAGUGGUUGACUUCAGUAUGCCAUUUAUGACACUAGGGAUAAGUAUCUUACACAAGUACCCAGAUAAAAGAGGCACCGAUUUGUUUGCAUUUUUGGAACCGUUCGACAUAUCAGUCUGGAUAUAUUCGGCAACACUGUACUUGGUGGUAUCACUCAUACUUUUCUUCAUUGCCAGAAUGACACCUGGAGACUGGGAAAAUCCUCAUCCAUGUGACGAGAAUCCUGAAAUGCUCGAAAACAUUUGGGGCAUAAAGAACUGUCAUUGGGCUACUCUUGGCACUAUUAUGAAUCAAGGAUGUGAUAUACUACCAAAAGGCAUAUCAUCUAGGAUGGCCCUCGGAAUGUGGUGGUUUUUCGCUUUGAUCAUCACCAACUCCUACAUUGCAAAUCUGACAGCUUUCCUGACCAAGGACAAAAUGGAGCUGCCCAUCAAAAGCGCAGAAGAUUUGGCCAAGCAGAACAAAAUCAAGUACGGUUUGCUGAGAUUCGGUUCUACUGAGGCUUUCUUCAAGUCAUCGAAUGAUUCGAUUUAUCAAAGGAUGUACAUGAACAUGAAGUCACAAAGGCCGACCGUUUUCGAAAAAGAUAAUGCGGAUGGAGUACAAAGAGUGUGUAAUACGAAGAACUCCUUGUAUGCUUUUUUGAUGGAGUCCACCCAGAUCGAGUAUGCCAUUGAAAAGAAAUGCAAACUGAAGCAAGUGGGCAAUUGGCUGGACACGAAAAGUUAUGGUAUUGCCAUGCCUAUAAAUGCUCCUUAUAGGGGUGCAAUCAAUAAAGCAGUAUUGACCUUGCAAGAAAGUGGAAAUCUGACCAAAUUGAAGAAAAAAUGGUGGAAAGAUGUCAGGAAAGGAGAUUCAUGCGAAGAUGUGAGAAAUAAAGGAAAAGAUGAGAAGGAAGGAGAUCUAGACCUUGCUAAGACUACUGGUACUUUCCUUGUUCUUGCAGUAGGUGUUAGCAUUGGAAUAUCAAUAGGAAUACUCGAAUUUCUAUGGAACGUCAGAAAUGUUUCUGUGGAAGAGCAUCUGAGUUAUUGGGAAGCCCUGAAAAAUGAACUUGCAUUCGCAACAAAUAUUUUUAUUUAUAGGAAAAAGAUAAAAAGUUCAUCAGCAGAAUCUUCAACAGAGAGAAAAAGUGAUAAAAUUGAAAAUAAGAGCAUAAUGCAGAAUAUGCUGCAUAGUGCCAAUUCGUUAAUGAACAUCAAUUGAAAUUUGUAAUAUCCUCGUUGAUUUUUAAAAAGGCUCUGAAAUGAAAUGUAUUCAAUUGUGAAAGGAGAAAUUAACAAGUUGAUAACAUAUACGCAUCGAUUUCCCGAAAAAAAUAGAUCUUAUCUUAUCUUGACUCGUUUUCUGAAUAUCAAUCAACAUUGGAAUUCCUUUGUGACAACAAUAUUCACAAUGAAUAUAAAAAUAUAAGUGAGU